GGACGAUUAAUCGAAACAUACAUCACAAAAAGUAACGUUUCAAAAUCUUUUAAAAACUUGUGAGAGAAAUGUCUUGUUAUGGAUGUAGUCAUAAGUUAUUAUGUGUUCCGUUUUUACAAUAGGGCCUUUAACUAUAAGUAUUCAAGGUCCAAUAUCCUGUGUUAAAGCUGUAUAUGAAAAUGAAAGUCUAUCACUGAGUCAGGGAGUUAGCUUACUAUAGUUUACUUGCUUACCUUGGCAAUGAAAGAGAAUUGGACAAUAUGAACGAAUCACUAUAUAUAAACCGAUGCAUUGCUAUGGAGAUCAUUCAAUUACCAGAAUUAACUCAAUAAACAUGUACGCUAAGUUGAUCAUCGCUCUUUGCGCCAUUGGUGUUGCUCACGGCAGUGGACUUCUCGCCGCCGCCCCGGUAGCAUACAGCAGCCAUGCUGUCGCACCCGCCGUCUCCUCAGUAUCUUACUCGACCCACACGGCGCACUCUGCUCCAGCAGUAGCUGUACACGCUGCCCCAGCUGUAGCAGUCCAUGCCGCACCAGCUGUAGCCGUAUCUCGGACUAUUGCCCCAGCAGCGACUUCUUACUCUUCUUACUCUAGCCACACUGCUCACGCCGCUCCUGUCGCCGCCUACGCCGCCGCUCCUGCAGUAGCCGUACACGCCGCCCCCGCUGUAGCCGUAUCUCGGACGAUUGCCCCAGCAGCGACCUCUUACUCCUCUUACUCAAGCCACACCGCUCAUGGUUCUCCUGUUGCUGCCUACGCUGCUGCUCCCGCUGUCGCCACUUACGCCGCUGCCGCGCCCGCCGUAGCCGUACACGCCGCCCCUGCCGUCGCUGUAUCUAGGACUAUUGCUCCUGCUGCGACCUCAUACUCCUCUUACUCCAGCCAAACUUCCCACGGAGCACCCGCAGUAGCUGCCUACGCUGCCGCUCCAGCUGUUUCCUACGCGCGGUCUUACGCUGCUCCCGCUAUCUCGGCCUAUGCUGCUCCCGCCGUAGCCUCUUACUCCCGGUCCUACGCCGUUCCCGCCGUAGCCUCUUACUCCCGGUCCUACGCCGUCCCCGCCGUAGCCUCUUACUCCCGGUCCUACGCCGUUCCCGCCGUAGCCUCUUACUCCCGGACCUACGCCGCCCCUGCUGUAGCGUCUUACUCCCGGAUUCAAGCUGCUCCUGCUGUUGCGGCAUACGCUGCUCCUGCAUACUCCACUUACGCAGCUGCCGCCCCCGUCCUUCGUUCCGCCAUCUCUUACUCCUCGGCCCCCGCUGUAUCUCACAUCUCUUACAACGCCCACGGUGCUAACUACGCCUGGUAAUUGAAUCGAUAAGCGUACAUGUAUAAUUGUAAAUAGACAUGUGAUAAAUAAAAUACCUAUAAAACGAAUUAAA